GUCACCAUGCUGGUGCACAGAGACGGACACUUCCUUGGGUCAGUGGAUCUCAGGCUCGGCUCGGUCCAGACUAUUGAGUGAGUCAGACUGCGUGGAACUCGAUGGGGAGGGGGUGGGGGCAUAAAACACAUUUCUUCACCUGCCCUCCCGGUGGUGGUGCAGGGGGAGCGCGCCUCUAAGCUGAUUGGAACCGGAGGGAUGUGAAUGCCUCCCCGGGAUUAGAGGGUUAUUGGGUGAGGGAACAAUGCUCCGCGGAUCGGUGCGCCAUUACCGGCUUUUGUUGGCGAGUCGGCGGACGCACGGUCCCCGGACUCUGAGCUUCCCUCAGCGGCUGCAGCAGUGACUCCGGCACAGCCUCCUCGCUCGGUCCGGUCUCCCACCCGGCGUGGAUAAUAUGACUUCCUGCCCAUUAACAUAUGGCAGCGUCCCUCUGUGUCUCCUGCUCUGCUUCCUAGCGACUCUCAACGCAGAAGCCUCUCGUCCGGGCGACAGCGUGUGCUCAUCUCCUAUGAUUACAUCUUGCGCAGAGUGUCUCAGACGUGGACCGCAGUGUUCCUGGUGCUUCAAGGAGGAUUUUCUGGAUGGUGCGGCUUCGAGCCACCGCUGCGACCUCCAAGUGAACUUGCUCAGAAAAGGCUGCGGGCCCGAGUUCACAGAACGCUCAAAGGUCAAAGUGGAGGUCAACGCCACCACCAGUAGCACACAAGUGUCGCCGCAAGACAUCAGCAUCACGCUCACAGCAGGUUCGGAGGCCAGCUUUAUUGUGGCUGUGAAGCAGCUGCCACGUUAUCCAGUGGAUCUUUACUAUCUGGUGGAUGUAUCCGCAUCUAUGCAAGAAAACCUGGAUCAUCUGAAGACGGUGGGCGUAGCGCUGUCUCUGCGUAUGAAGGAGCACUCCUCAGACCUUUGGCUCGGGUUCGGUUCCUUUGUGGACAAGCCGGUGUCGCCUUACAUCAACGUGCAUCCCACCAAGAUCAACAACCCCUGCAGUGAUUAUGAGAUCCGCUGCCGUCCCGCCCAUGGGUUCCACCACGUCUUGAGCAUGACCGGGAAUAUGAGCGAGUUCACACGCGUGAUCAAGCGCCAGCGCAUCUCCGGUAACAUGGAUACACCCGAGGGAGGGCUGGAUGCGAUGCUGCAAGCUGCUGAGUGCCAGAAAGCCGUGGGUUGGCGUCCAGAGGCCAAACGUUUGUUGCUCCUGAUGACCGACCAGCCGUCACACCUCGCUUUGGACAGCCGACUGGCGGGUAUCGUCGUUCCCCAUGACGGCUUGUGUCACCUGGAAAACAACAUAUACACUGGAAGCACCAGGAUGGACCAUCCAAGUCUGGGACAGUUGUCUGAAAAACUGCUGGAAAACCAUAUUCACUCCAUAUUUGCUGUGGAGAAACAACAGUUCCAGUGGUAUGAGGAGUUGGUGCAUUUGCUGCCAGCUUCCUACUUGGGGAAGAUCGGCUUCUUCCAGUCUCCAAACCUUAUUGACCUCGUGGUGGAUGCAUAUAAGAGCUUUUUGGCAGAGGUGGCAUUGUCUGUGUCAGUGGACGACAAGGCAUUCAGCAGGUACUGGACGUCUGUCUCCCCCAUCUGUCCCAACGGGUCCACUGCUACAAACCAGAGCUGCUCAGGGGUGCAGCCCAACCAGACGGUCUACUUCAACGUUACGGUUGGCCUGCGCUCCUGUCCUGAUCACGUUGCAGACGAAGAGAUUAAAGUGAUGAUUCGCCCUGUGGGCUACAAUGAAUCCACCACUGUCAGCGUCCACUCUAAAUGUCACUGCAGUUGUGGGUCAACAGGAAGAUGUCAUGACAGCGACGAGUCGGCGUGUACAGGAGGGACUGCAGAUGGCGCCGGUCUGGAGCGGAGGCCGCAUCAGGGGCUUGUUAUCAAUGAAUCAAAGUGGAACUGUCGAGCGGAUGGCUCCGAUGUGGACUGUAGUGGCCGUGGAGUGUGUGAAUGUGGGAGGUGUGUGUGUGAGCAGGGUAGACUUGGCACCGUUUACGGGAAAUACUGCCAGAUGGAUGACUUCUCCUGCUCUUAUAAUGGCGGACUGCUGUGUGGGGGAAGGGGUGUGUGUGUCUCGGGCGAGUGUGUGUGUGAGGAUGGCUGGACAGGGGAUAGCUGCAGUUGUGGCGUCUCCACAGCAACCUGCCAGUCUCCUGAUGGCUCGCUGUGCAGUGGGCGGGGCAAGUGUGUGUGCGGCCAGUGUGUGUGUGACGACCAGGGAUACUCCGGAGACUUCUGUGAGAGAUGUCCUGCCUGUCAAAGCAGCUGUCAAUCAAACUGGAAGUGUGUGGACUGUCACGUGUCUCGUGGUCUCAAAGAAAAUGAGGCGAGGCAUUGCAACCACACUUGUGAAUCAGAGGUCAUCUACAUCAAUGCUAUGCUAUCAGGACGGAAGUGGCUUCACUGUAUGUACAUCAGUGGUGACAACUGUCGCUAUUGGUUUCAAACAAGCUCAGAGCCCGGACUGGACCAGCUCCACAUCAGCACCAGAGCAGAGUGUGCCAGUAGAGGCCGGGUGAUUGGGACCUUCCUAAGCGUGUGUGCACUGACUGUUCUGUGCGGACUGGUGGUGGUUGCAGUGUCCAGGCUGCUGCUCCAGAAAAGAGGCUGGUCACCAGAGGGCGCCACUAAGGAUGGAGACUAUCUCUGCACCAGCAAGGAGUUAUCCUACAUCCCUACGAGCAAUGAGAAGACGGUAACCUACAGGAGAGACCGACCACCCGACCAUUCAGUGGAGAUGACCGUUCACGUCAAGAUGCCCCUCGGUGACCCCUGGCAGUGAUAUGUAGGUGGGAUCAGAUGCAAGGACACUCUAAUUUAGAGUUGAGCUCUAUUUUAUGUGGCGAGUCUGAUGCUUCCAACACUUCCACAGAAUCAUAAAACCAUGACUUGGGACUGAAAAGGCCAGUAUUGUGGAAACGGGUUUGAAACAAAGAGCACAAGCAGCACAAGUGCAGUCAUUUCCACUCGAAUGUUUGGAUGAGUGUUUGAACUGGGAGUCUGCUCAUAAUGUUAUUGUAGUCUAUUUAGGUUUAAUCAGGGGUGUCUAAAGUGCGGCCCGGGGUCCAUUUGCUGUAUUUUUUUUUUUUUAAUCGGCCUGCAGCCCAUUCUAAAAAUAUAAUUUAAAAGGAAAGGAGAGAAAAAUCAGCAGUAAUUUUCCAAGAAUAAAGACAAAAUAUUAAGAGAAAAAAGUUUGUGAAAAAUGUGAAUUUCAGGAGAAUAAUGCCAUAAUAUAUAUGUAAUAUAAUAAAUAAAUAUAUAUAAUAAUAAAUAUGGGCGGCACGGUGCUCUAGGGGUUAGCGCACAGACCUCACAGCUAGGAAACCAGGGUUCAAUUCCACCCUCGGGCAUCUCUGUGUGGAGUUUGCAUGUUCUCCCCGUGCAUGCGUGGGUUUUCUCCGGGUACUCCGGCUUCCUCCCACAUUCCAAAAACAUGCUAGGUUAAUUGGCGACUCCAAAUUAUCCAUAGGUAUGAAUGUGAGUGUGAAUGGUUGUUUGUCUAUAUGUGCCCUGUGAUUGGCUGGCGACCAGUCCAGGGUGUACCCCGCCUUACGCCCGAAGACAGCUGGGAUAUGCUCCAGCACCCCCCGCGACCCUCGUGAGGAAAAGCGGUAGAAAAUGAAUGAAUGAAUAAUAAAUAUAAUAUAUUAUACAUUUUUUAAAGUCAUAAUAUUAUGAGAGACAAAACAACAAAUAAAGCUGUACAUUUUGGAAAAUUAGUUUCAUUGAAAAUUAUGAGAAUAAACAAUAAAAUUUAGAAAAUAAAGUCAAAAUGACAAGAAAUAGAUUUAAAAGUGGAAAAGUUGAAGUGACCAGAAAUGCAAAAAAACAUGCUAGGUUAAUUGGUGACUCCAAAUUGUCCAUAGGUAUGAAUGUGAGUGUGAAUGGUUGUUUGUCUAUAUGUGCCCUGUGAUUGGCUGUCGACCAGUCCAGGGUGUACCCCGCCUCUCGCCCGAAGACAGCUGGGAUAGGCUCCAGCACCUCCCGUGAGGAUAAGCGGUAUAGAAAACGAAUGAAUCAACUCUAUCAUAUUAUCACUUUUUUAAAAUAAUAUAUUUCAAUGCAAUUUUUUGCAUUGAAAUAUCCAUAUCUACAUAACGAGAUAUUAAAGUGGCCCCUUGCAUCCUUUCAUUUUUUAGUAUGUGGCCCUCGGUGGAUAAAGUUUAGACACCCUUGGUUUAUGUGAUUGAUACACUCCAAAUAUCAUGUCUCAGGCUUAGGCUGCCCUCUUGCGGUCAGCUUAGGUACGACUUUUUUUUCUUCCAUGUAGUGCCUGGGCUUUAUCACUUUUGGAUUAAUUUAUGAUUAAUUUGUUUUUGUUAGUGUUGCUUCGGGAUAUUUUUUAUGAUCAUUGUAGAUUUUAGUCUUAUUUUUUAAAAAUUUCCAUCAUGUUGUGUUCCUGGGAAGUGUCAUUUCAUGUGAUUUGAAGUCGUCAGCCUGUUUCGACUUGCACUUGUGUUGCAUUAUACUACUGAAGUGUCCCUUCAUGACAGGACGGUGGGAUUGAAAUGACAUUUUAGUGAUUAAUCGGGCAUUAACGGUGCAGUAACAAAUCCACUGGAAUUCCAAUGCAAAUGGGGCAGCAUUCCUUUGAAGAGCGUUAUACCAUGUGACCUCAGAAGAGAAGCACGCUUUUGCUGUAUGUUGACCAUCUGCUACAACUUUAGAUUCCUCGGUACAAGCUAAGCUCUAAAAGGUACUGAGAUCCAAGGCGGACUUAUAGCAACCCCUCUUGCACUAUUCGACCUCCUGGAUGACUUUCUGGUUCCUGUCCUUGUGAUUUUUUUUGAAGCAAUGACGUUUACAGCAAUAGCUGCUUUAUUAUUUCUGUUAAGUCAGGAACACUAUUUAUUUUAUACGGUAUUUUAUUUUGACAUGAUGCCAAUUGUCCUUCGUUGUAUAACAGUAUAAGGAGUAAAAUCACAUACAUUUACACUACUAUUUAUUUUGGAUUGUAUUUUAUUUUUACUUGAGCUUAUUUGUCUUAUCGGUACAAAAAAAAAAAUCAGCAAUAAAGUAAAUCAUCUCAUUGAAGUAACAACGGCACUUCUGUGUAGUUUUGAUGUCAACUGUGAUUGUU